AUGUGCAAAAUUUCGACCCGAUCCAGUUUGGCGGCAAUCCUGCUGGCGGCAUCCAUUCUUGCCGAUCUUGCGGUUGCCACUCCUUGGGGCAAUUAUUACGAGUACGGCGGACAUCCGUCGGGACCUCAGGUAUAUCAGUACAAUCAACGCGUCGAACACCACCGGACAGUGCCGGACAGUGUUCCGGCAUCGUCCGGUGCGAUCAACUGCCGGUGCACCAAACUGCGAUACUGCACUAAGAUACUGGAAAUGUUACGAAACCCCAAAUCGAGCUACGGUAACUUUAAUUCGAAAUUGAAGGAACUGGCUUGCGGUUAUGGCAUUGAUAACGAGCCAAACAUUUGCUGCCCGCUGGACGAUAGCUGGUUGCGGGAUGUCGGUACAGACGACGAAGGUCAUUCGUCCGAAGAAAACGAUUCACAUUCUGCGAUCGGGUGGGAUGAAGGUUACACAAACCGAAAGUCGGACAACGGACAUCAGUGGUCGAAAGAACGCUUCAAGUACAUACCCAUGACGACGCAGGGUAAGGAUGUGAAAAGGAUCGGAAACACUAGAACUUCUACCACCUCUACCAACUGGUGGAAACAAAGACCACAGAAAAGCAACACGAUCGCUCAGUUUGAGGAUCCAAAAACGAUGAAGAACUGUCCACCGGAGAUUUAUCCGAACGAAGCGGAAGUAACGUUGCGUCCUACGAAGGCGUAUGUUGCGCCUAUCAUGCGAACUACCAAGCGACCGAGUGUGGUUCUUGGAAGUAAUCGUCUAGCCGAAACGACAACUUUACCGAUCACAACCGAACCACCGUUGACUACUACAGAACUGAUAACUACCGUACUGCCAACGGUAGUUCCCGAUCAACCGAUGAUUAAUGCACCGCUUUGUGGACUUUCGGUUAAUACGAGAAUCAUUGGCGGUGAAACGGAGGUUCCGGGACAGUUUCCCUGGAUGGCUCGUUUAGCUUACCGAAAUCGAACUUCUGGCCGCGUAACGUACCGCUGUGCAGGAUCGCUAAUCACCAAUCGGCACGUGAUAACGGUGGCCCAUUGUGUCACGAAUCUCAUUGAUGAACUUCAGCUAGUCAGCAUACGAUUGGGUGAUUUAGAGUGUAAUGCUGUAACGGAUCCGCGAUGCAGCGCCCGGUAUCAGGACUUUGCGAUCGACCGAGUUCUCCCGCACGAGAGCUACGAUAUGCCCAAGUACGCCAACGAUAUCGCACUGAUAAAGUUGCGCGAAACGACAGAAACCUACAACAUCAUAAGUCCACUGUGUUUGCCCACCGAUCAGUACGCACCGUACGCGCUUAAUCUAACCGGCCAGAUGGGAAUCAUUGCUGGCUGGGGUUCGACUAGCAAUCGAAGCAACACACCGAGUCCCACUCUGCAGUGGUUACGAUUGCCCAUAGUGGACACGGCCGGCUGUGCCACCGCAUACGCACGGUACAGUGUCAACUCGCGCAAUCCCAUCAUCGUGUCCGAGAAUCAGAUGUGUGCCCAGGGUCAGGAAAAUCGAGAUGCUUGCCAAGGUGAUUCCGGAGGACCGCUGAUGAAUGAGGCGAUAUCAACGCGCGAUCGGUUCGUGCUGCUCGGGCUAGUCUCGUUCGGACCGCGCACGUGUGGUGUGUCAAACUUUCCGGGCGUGUACACGCGCAUUUCGUCGUACAUUGAUUGGAUAUUGACCAACGUUAUGCUCAUUCGAAGCAUACCGAACGAGUCGGACACCUUUGCAGCGAACAUGAGUGCUUUCGGUGGUCGCUGUCCAGCGGUGGUUCCGCUUUUGCUGCUAGCUAUUCUAAGCCUCACAGCUGCUCAACAAUGCACCUUACCAGAUAAUAGAUCCGGCCAAUGUAUACUACUGCGCAACUGUAACAGCCUGCUGACGCUGAUCAAGAAAAAGCCGUUGCUAGACGAAGACCGGACGUAUCUACAGCGAACCCAGUGUGGAUGGUCAACCACAGAAAAACAUCCACUGGUGUGCUGUGCCGACGGUGAUCUCGUGGCACCGGUCCGUGUAGGUGCCGGGCUUUUGCCUACUCCGGGACAGUGUGGCAUACAGACGAGUGAUCGCAUCUUCGGCGGUGUAAACACACGCAUCGACGAGUUCCCGUGGAUAGCGCUGCUGAAGUAUGCAAAACCAAAUAACGUUUUCGGGUUUCACUGUGGCGGUGUGCUGAUUAACGAUCGCUACGUCCUUACCGCUUCUCACUGCGUCAACGGCAAAGACAUCCCAACUACCUGGAGUCUUGCGGAAGUACGACUCGGUGAAUGGGACACCUCCACGGCCCAGGACUGUGAAGGUUUGGGCGAAGAUGUUGACUGCUCUCCUCCACCAAUAGACGUACCCAUCGAGAGUAAGAUACCUCAUCCCGAGUACGUACCAACAUCGACCGAACAGUACAACGACAUCGCACUGCUUCGGUUAUCAGCUACCGUGCCGUAUUCUGAUUUUAUCAAACCCAUCUGCCUACCGACGCAGGCCGAACUAAAGGCACGAGAUUAUGUUGGGUUCCGCAUGCAGGUUGCUGGCUGGGGACGUACAGCAACGGCGCGAUACAGCAACGUAAAGCAAAAGGUUGCAGUCGAUGGUGUAUCGUUGGACGCUUGUAAUCAGGUGUACCAGCGUGAGCAGGUGUUGCUGCGCCAAUCUCAGCUCUGUGCCGGUGGUGAGGCUGGCAAGGAUUCUUGCCAGGGUGAUUCCGGUGGUCCACUGACAGGUAUUCAUACGUCCGGUGGGGUACAGUACUGGUACCUGAUUGGUUUGGUAUCAUUCGGGCCGACACCGUGUGGACAGGCCGGAUGGCCUGGAGUUUACACAAAGGUUGACCAAUACGUAGACUGGGUAACUGCCACGAUUGUUGCGUAAAGAGCAUGCGGGAAGGCAUUGGUGUG